AUGCCCGCCAAGACUGCUUCUGCCGCUGCCCCCAAGAAGGCCGCCGCUAAGAAGUCUGCCGCCACCAAGACUGUUGCCAAGAAGGGCACGCAGCCCGCUGUGAAGGCGACAAAGGUGGUGAAGGUCACCAAGCGCAAGGCGUACACCCGCCCGCAGUUCCGUCGCCCACACACGUACCGCAAGCCGGCAACUGUUAAGCCAUGCGCCAAUGUGAGCGCCGUGCAGAACAAGUACGAUGCGUUCCGCGUGAUUCGCUACCCACUGACGACCGACAAGGCCAUGAAGAAGAUUGAGGAGAACAACACACUGACCUUCAUCGUCGACUCACACGCAAACAAGACGGAGAUCAAGAAGGCUAUUCGCAAGCUCUACCAGGUGAAGGCCGUGAAGGUGAACACACUGAUUCGCCCUGAUGGUCUUAAGAAGGCGUACAUUCGUCUCUCUGCCUCCAACGACGCUCUCGAGACAGCCAACAAGAUGGGUCUGCUAUAA